AUGGGUCAGAUUGAUAUACUCAUCGCCGGUAGUGGAAUUGCCGGCCUAGCGACCGCCAUCGCACUUCGGCAACUGGAAUCACCUGACUUCAAAGUCAACAUUCAGCUAUAUGAAAAGGCAACAGAAUUGACGGAGAUUGGUGCAAGUAUUGCACUUAGUCCUAAUGGAUUAAGAACUCUUGAGCGACUGGGUGUACAUAAUGCCCUAGACGACAACGUUGGAUUUCGUGGCCCAAGUGCAGUCCCUAUGAUAUAUCGACAUUGGAAGACGAAUGAGGUGGUCAGUGAUGAUCGCUUUGUCAAUGUUCCGGAACACAAGCACCAGACGGCGAGGUUUCACAGAGGUCAUUUACAUCAAGCAUUGCUUGAACAUGUACCCAGGAAAGACAUCCACCUGAACAAAGGUGUCCGCCACGCGGAUGCAGAUGCUAAUGGAGUAACAUUAUACUUUGAGGAUGGUAGCAGUGCAAAGGGCGAUAUCUUAGUGGGUGCAGACGGAUUGCGGUCCAAAGUACGUGUUGCUUUCAAUCCAGAACAUUCACUCCAUUGGACUGGCCGCACAUUAUUUCGAUCAACUUUCGAUGCCUCACUAGUGGAGAACAUACCCGACUUACCCCCAGACUCAACUCACUGGUGGGGGCCUAGGCACACCUUUUUCGCAUCGAAGCUUGGUAAAAAUCAGUAUACAACUGUUGGUCAAUAUGAUCCCACUGAAUUUCCUCAAAGUCAAGACCCAGCAACAGUCAAGUGGGAUCAAGAUGGCGAUGUUUCCAUCUUUCGGGACCUGUACAAAGAUUGGAAUCCUGUCGUCAAGGCAUUGACUGAGGUAACACCGUAUGUCAGAUUGUUCCCCAACUUUGCAGGUCAGCCACUUGAUUCAUGGGUUUUCCACUCACGUGUGACGUUGGUUGGUGAUGCGGCACAUACUCAUGGCGGUGCAUAUGCUGCCGGAGGAUCUCUCGCCCUCGACGACGCCUGGGCACUUUAUCUGUCUUUUCGACAGGUCUUGGCCGGUAUCAAACCUGGAAUACAAUUAUCCGUCCGGAAUAUCCACGACGCAUUGACUUUGUAUGAGAAGACCAGAUUGCCACACACAGAACGACUUAUGAAAGGUGUCUUAGCUGGGAUAGGAGCGCCUUCCCCUCAAACUGAUGAUGAACUGAGACAAAAGAUAAAGAGCCGACCAAGUGGGAUAUGGUUGACCGAGCAUGAUGUGGAAGCUGCAUUUGCCACUGUUCUCCUCGAACAAGGUCUUGUAGGCAAUGCAUCGUUGGAGUCAGAGAGUAUCCCUAAACAGAGUCGGCUCUAG